CGUAAACACAGUCAGUGUGAGUUGGACUGUGAGGUGGGUAGGUGGUAUCUUUAGCGCUAGUGUGUGUAAGUUCUUGCAAUGUGGCACCUGAUAUUAUAGUGAUUUUGUUUUGGAAGUGACUGAGUAUCACCUUGAAAUUAUUCACCUGAUGCAUUUAAUAGUGUAAUUGUGUUCAGUAACGCCAGGCACAGAGCCUUUUGGCCUAAAUGUUGAGGAACCUACGGUCCAUCGACAGGUACACUCGCGAGUUACUUCAUUCAGGUUCAGAGUCGUACAAACGACCGCCAUAUAGCACCUUGGGAACGACUUCGGGGCAGGGCGCCACGUACGAUUGGAUUUACCGCGGCUCGGGGGCGACUAUGCCUCCCCUGGUGCGGCCUCACGACCCGACAGCGGCGGCCUACCUCAUGGGGUCUCCCGAUGGCGAGGUCAAGACCAAGCUGAAGUGUGUCUUGGUGGGCGAUGGUUCCGUCGGCAAGACCUCACUAGUCGUCUCCUACACCACUAAUGGAUAUCCCACAGAAUACGUCCCAACAGCCUUCGACAAUUACAAUGUGGUGGUUAACGUUGACAACCAGCCAAUCAGACUACAGCUGUGCGACACUGCAGGACAGGAUGACUUCGACUCGCUGCGGCCGCUGUGCUAUCCUCAGACGGACGUGUUCCUGGUGUGCUUCAGCGUCGUGUCGCCCACCUCCUUCCACAACGUAAGGGAGAAGUGGCUGCCGGAGCUGCGUCACCACAACCCCCGAGCACCCAUAGUCCUUGUCGGUACUCAGAGCGACCUCAGGACAGACGUGAAGGUCCUCAUAGAACUAGCGCAGUACCGUGAGCAACCAGUGACAGAGGUAGCAGCUCGUCGCUUGGCCCACCAGAUUGGGGCAGUUGGAUAUGUCGAGUCCUCGGCUCUCACACAGCGCAACCUAAAGGAGGUUUUUGACCAAGCCAUCCUAGCUGCCCUUGAAGCCCGCAAUAUCCCAACACUUAGUCGAGGAGGGUCCUCCAAACGGUCUUUCUCUAGGCACAGAAAGAUGGGUGGAAGUACAGAAUGGGGCCACGGCCUCUUAAACACCAUCUGGGAAAAAAACACACUCGAGUACACAGAUACACCCUCUGGAAACGCGGGGCGGAAGCAUGCUGUUUUUUCCUGACCCACGCCCCCCCCCGGGACCCCACACCACCACUUUUCCACACAAGAACCAUGGCGGGGUGUAAAGACAAGACGAGGGGGGCGAAUCCCGCGGAGACGUAAAACCUCACAACCUCAACAAAAACCCCAAAUCUACACAAUUCUUAAGCCCCUACACGGGGCUUCGUGCCCCGCCCCGUGUCUUAACCAUGCAUUGAUCAAAACAUCCCCCCUCAGAGUCUUGCAGGCAACGAAAACGGGCAAUUCUUACCCUAUAAAACAGUUUUAAAAGUGGGGCCUUCCCUAAACUUUUUUCUUUAUACAAAAUUAUUUUUCAUGUAUAGUCAAGUAUUUUGCCCCGUAAAUUUUAACUUUAUCAUUUUUUUGCACUGGAAUUUUACAAUCGUAUAUCGUUUCCCGAUGAAAGGGCAGUGGGACCCCUUCAGGGGCAUCCCAAAUUUUGAAAGGUGAAAAAGAAUCACAAUAUGGUCUUAAUGUGGUGUUCAAUCUGGGAAAAGUGAAAAACAUAAGUGCCAGGGAAUUAGGGGGCCUGUGUCCCCGUAGUGUACAGCAUCUGUGCAUAUUGUGAAUCUUAAAGGAACCCCAUUCUGAUAAAGUGUUAUCCCUACUUGUGAAGUGAUGUCAUGUUAUGUAAGGAAAUACGGAAAAAGGUAGAUGCUAUUUUAGUGAAACAAUAAAAUUAUAUGUGGAAAAAUGCAUGUUUUCAUUACAGUAUUAUUUUAAUUUUUACUUUAUCACGUUGUGUGCACAGUGAAUGUUUCAGCUGGGUGUAUAUAAUAUUAUAUACUCAUGUACUGUACUUGAAGUAUGGCUGUAGUAGAGGUCGACUGGAAUUACUAGCAGUGAAUGCUGCGUGCAAUAAGAUUUUGUUGAUUCUUCAAGGAUCCGUAGAUUGUAAUAUAUAAUGAACUAUUUGCAGUAUGAAAAAAUACCUGAAGUAUAUUGAGAUCACAGCCCUUUCAUAUAUAUUUUAUUCUGUAUUUGAUCAAAGAAGUGUUUAACCAGCAGUGUAUCUUAUACACACUUUUUAAUGUGUUAGUCUGUAUUGUACUAUGUCAACUCAUAUUGCUGAGCCAAGUCACAGAUUAAACCAUUUAUCAUACAGUAUUUGUUAUAUCAUAUUUUUCUUGCUUAUAAACUGUAACUGAUAGUGUACUUGUAUAUCUUUAUGGUUAGAACAUUUUGUUUUAGAUUUUUUGUAAACCAUAAUGUUUAUAUGUACUAUAUUUACAAAACUAUUCAGAAAUUUUUGCUUUGUGAUGGAAUAUUGUCAUUUGUAUGCACAUUGCACAGAUAAAGUAAAAAUUUAAAAUGUCCACUUGCAGUCGGUAUGUGAAAUAAACAAUUUAGUCUAUAGUAGGCACACUAUAGUAAGAAAUAUAUACAGUACUACAGGUUGGUAUGUAUUACAAGAGAAUGAAUGGUGUAUGGAUAAGGAUGACAGCUACAUGUUAUUCCAAUUCUAAAUGAUGUAAAUUAUUCAGACAUUAAUAACCAAGAAAAUUAUAGCAGUUAUAUUCAUUGUAUUUUUGUAAUCAAUAAUAAUUAGCCUCACAAGGUAAUAAGAGUUUAAAUGUUCUAAGUCCAGUAUCAAUGUAUUGCAGUUACAACUGAUGAAAUCUUCCCUACUGAGGUACUGGAUAAAUGUCACACCACUGGAGUGUUGUAUAGUACUGUAAUACUCAGUAUUCCUUCUGGGCAUUUCUGUGGUAACAAAUUUGAUGAAAAUGGGAGCCUUUCUUUAACAAGCCAAGCUUCAUUACUGUAGUUGCUACAUAAGUUUUACUUUUAUCACAGUUUCAAAAAUAAAAUAAAAUUAAAAUUUUGUAAUAUGAAUGAACCACUGAGAUUGAUAUUGCAUGUCAUGCCUUUUAAGCUAAUUGAUGAAACAAGCAAACUAUUCUAAAAAAUAAGUUUUAAUUUUUUAUUUUAUACAUUGAUAGAUAUGUUUUUGUGAACUAACAUGAUAGUUUUUUUUUAAUUUGCACCAAAAUGAGCUAUGCAAUCUAGCUGAAAUUUACUGUGCAUAGUUAUUGCAUGGCAGUAUUAUUUUAUAACUAUGACCCCUGAAGGGCAAUACCGUGAUGCCAGCAAGGGGCUCCAGAUUUCCCAGGUGCUAUAUGACCCAUACAGGUAUAAUUCUCCUCCCCUGAGAGUAAUACAUAAUGUAAUAAUUUUACAACUAUUGCAACAACGAUCGACACUACUUAUAGCAAAAUGGUACUUACCGGACAGUUAAAGUCUGCAAAUAUGACUUUAAACGGAUAACAUAUAAUUAAUUUUGGUGAUAUAUUGAUAUUGGCAUGUGGCUGAAGACAAAAAAAAAAUAUGUGAAUCAAUCAGAAUGUUCAUAGAAGCUUGGCUUAUUACAGAAUGAAAAUUAAUUUGUUUUCGUGUGUUGCUAUAGAAGGAACAUACAGUUUUUAUUCCCAGUUGUUCCUACAAAUUCAUGGAUUUCUUUACUCGCAAAUUUCAAUAACUCGACUUUCUUUUUAUAUAGAUGUUCAACCAAUGAAUAGAUUAUCUUUUUCUUGCUCAGUAUCUUUCCUAUGCUUAAACCCCUUCAUAUUUUUGUCAUUUCUUACAUUAGAAACAACCACAUUGAAGUGUAGUAUGUGCUGUUCAUAAAAGAAAUAGUCUCUGAAACAAAAAUAAGCCCAAUACUGAAACAAAAUCUGUUAUGUACAUUGUAUUUUAACUUGUUUUUAGUUUCAUAGGAUUUGUAGGAAUGCAAAUUUGUAGGGAUUACUAUACUGCUGAUAGUGUUUAAAGAAGUUUAUAUUGUUGAAAGGAAUAUGUUAUCACUCCAUACACCACAUGAUGAGGUACCCUUAUGUAUUCCAUAUGUACACAUACAUAUUUCUUACCUUGCAAAGUCCACAGUGUACAAUUCUAUCAGACUUGGCUUGUUAGCAAACUGCACAUUAUUCAGUGCAAGAUGUUCACCUCAUCAGCUGCCUAUUGAGUACUGUAGUGUUGCAGCACUUGUCUUUCACUUGUAGAAUAAUGUCCAACAUAGCUGAAAUUUACUGUAAACUUAAUUUUAUUUGAAGAGAACUUGCAUAAAAUUGCUUAUUCCUGCAUAUCUUUCUUUAUUAAAGUCAAAGCCACAUAUAAUUGUAUACAAUCCAGUUUUAUUUUUGCAAAUGACUGUUACAUUCUCUUGUAAAAUCAUUGUUUUUACCUUUGGACUAUUGUACAUUAUCAGACCAGUGGGCGAGACCUUGACCUCUGUGGCACCUAGUGGUUGCCCAUCCAAUGCUAGCAACCAACACUAUAGCUGAAUGACUCGAAUGGGAUUAGUGCUUUUUUUCUAUUGAUAUAAAAAUCCCUUUACAUGAUUUGGAUUCACCUCAAGCACUAGGUUCUUUUGUCAUCAAACAUGGGCCUACCUCAUUCUACCUUGAAAUCCAUGUGGAGUGCUAGCCUCUAGUUCUUCUAAAAGUCCUCUUUUUCAGUGCAUAACAUCUCUGGCACCUGUUGCAAGCCCUCCAAAGGUGCUUGGCUUUCAUGACACCUACAGCUUAUCUGGAACAGGUGAGGCUCGUUUUCUGUGUCUGUUCUCUUCAGCUCGUGGAACUUGUCUGUGAUGUUAUGAUCCCCACUCUGCUCUGUAUCAGCCAGCUGAACUAUGAGUAAAGAACAACAAUAAA